UACAGACGCAGACCCAUGUCAGUUCUCCAUCUCGGAGAACGCGUUGUUUGGGCAAAAAAGGUUGUAGCUCGUUGUCUGCCUUUCUAAGGCUGUAAAGAGGCGUCGUAUGUGUUUUCACAACGCGUCGCUUAUGACUUAUUGAGACGCGACGCUCGGAUCUGUGAACAUCUUUUCCAACUUUACCGCCUGUUGACUGCACUGCUCUGUCAAUUGCAAUAACAACAGGUACAUGGUGUCACAACAGGCUGUGUGUUAGCCUGAGCUGGCCUGCGUUCAAACCCUUGCAAGACAAAACAGGAGAACCAUGGAAAAAGUGAAACAGGUCCUUCAGGGAGCGGAGCUGGACGGCCGGACUGCGGCUUUGCUGACGGGUGCAGCCUGCGGCGUGGGAGCUCUGGUGGUGCUGGUCCGGAAAGUCACCAGCCGCCGAGAGACAAAGGAGAAGAUCCAGAGAGCCAGAAACCGGCGGACCGACAGUCUGCAGCGGGCCGAGGAGGCUGUGCUCCGGUACAAGGAGUCGCAUCCAAUGACUGACUCUGCUGUCAUCUUGAUGCUGUCUCUUUCUGAGUUGACAAAGCGACUGCAGGAGGGCUCGCUGAGCCCGGAGGAGGUGUUUUACACUUACAUGGAAAAGACUCUGGAAGUAAACCAAAAGCUGAACUGCUGCACAGGGAUUUUGCUGGAAAGUUUUGACCAGCUAAAAACUACUGGCUCCAAAAAGGACGGCCUCUUGUAUGGAAUUCCAGUUAGCAUCAAAGAAAACUUCGGAUACAAGAAUCAUGACUCGUCUUGUGGUAUGAUCAUUAAUCUGGACCAACCAGCCCAGAAGGACAGCGUGCUUGUUGACGUUCUGAAGAGACAAGGAGCUAUUCCCUUUGUGAAAACCAACUUACCCCAAGGCCUAUUAAAUUAUGAAUGCAGUAACCCAAUUUAUGGGCAGACCCUGAACCCCCAUAACCUCCAGAAGACCUGUGGAGGUUCGUCUGGUGGAGAGGGGGCUCUCAUUGGGGGAGGAGGCUCUGUGCUUGGUUUAGGUAGUGAUAUAGGGGGCAGCAUCCGUAUUCCUGCCUCUUUCUGUGGGGUCUGUGGCUUCAAGCCAACAGCGGGUCGGCUAAGUUCACAGGGUCUGAGGUCCUCUUGUCAAGGACAAAAGUCAGUACUGUCAUCUCCUGGACCCAUUGCGAGAGAUGUGGACAGUCUAGCUCUUUGUAUGCAGGCUCUGCUGUGCGACCACCUGUUUUCCAUGGACCCCACUGUGCCACCCAUACCUUUUAAUGUGCAGGUAUACCAGAGCUCCAAACCUCUGAGGAUUGGUUACUUUGAAUGCAAUGGCUACAUGCAGCCGUCUCCGAGCAUGGCCCGGGGCGUCAGAGAAGUCAAAGCACUGUUAGAGCAAGCAGGCCACACUUUGGUUCCCUACAGUCCUCUGAGGAUCAGUCACAUUGCCACUGAUCUGUUGGUAAAGGGCAUCCUCGCAGAUGGAGCUUCCACCCUGCUACAGAAACUGGAGGGAGGACCUCUGGACCCCUGUCUCAGAGCACAGGUUUUGCCUUACUAUCUUCCUAAGUGGUUGAAGAAAACCAUCUCAUUCCUCUUAAAGCCCCUGUCUCCUCGUGGUUCUGCCAUCUUCACUGCCAUCUGUGGAAUUGGAUCCGUUUCAGAUCUGUGGAAGCACCAUGCUGCUGUUGAGGACUACAUUCAAGAAACGAUCGCAGAUUGGAGAAGAUACAACAUAGACGUGCUGCUGUGCCCUAUGAUCGGACCAGCCUACAACCACUUAUACUGUGGCAAGAAUACCACUAUUCUGACAUACACAAUGCUUUACAAUCUCCUCACCUUUCCUGCCGGUGUGGUUCGUGUGUCCACGGUGACGGCAGAGGAUGAGGAGGAACUCAAGCACUAUAAGGGCAUUUAUCAGGACUAUUGGGACAAGCUCUUCAAACCGGCUGUAGCUGGAGGCGAGGGUCUGCCUGUGGCAGUGCAAUGUGUCGCCCUGCCAUGGCAGGAUGAGCUCUGCCUGCGCUUCAUGAAGGAGGUGGAACAACUGGUCCAACAGAGCAAAAAGUGAAGCCUGGAGGCCUCAGGUGGAGCCUCGAACAUCCGUGGCCUCAGGUUAAAUUUGCUUUGAGUACAGCCAGUGUACUGAUUGUGCAAACACAAUGAGCCAGACUCCAGAACCAUGUUUAAUAAAGGUGCUUCUUGAAAUAGUGACUAAUAACUCCAAAAAACAAUAUUAUUGUUAACACAAUCACAACAAAUUGAAAUAUGAAUAAAAGCUAACACAGUUUUUAGUGUUUUUGGAAAAGGUACUUGAGUUUUUUAAAAAAGAUCAGAUAAUUUGAGUUUACUCCUCUUCUCAGGCAUUUUCUGCUCUUUGGCUUUUUGGGUCAUAAUAAAGAUACGUAGACUAAAUGUUAACCGUUAAACCGAAGACAGUCGUCAGGUUCACUGUUAAAAUCUGCUUUUUUUACUUGUGUUUAACUCAUCAACAGACCUCAAGAUUUUAACAUUUCAUUUAAAUUGUAUUUUGUUUUUAAUAGUCUUAUAAGUAACAGUUCAACUGUUGACUCUGACAAUAAUAAUUAUAUGUUCCUUAUGCUUUUUUGUUUGUUUUUUUGUGCUUUUUCUUGUGAUGAAUUUUUGGAUGCAGACUUGCAUUAACAGGUGUGAAAUAAGCGUUCUGUUCUGUUUUGCCAGAACCAGCACGUCGUAGAAUAACCUGAAUUUCCAUCAUUAUAAGGUAAAGGGGCACUGUGACCACAAAUUAGAAUUUAUAAUUAAUAUUUCUCUUGCCUAUAAUGAUGUGAUGUCUAUGAAUAAAACAGUUACUGGUU